AACAGUUUCAGACGUUCAGCAGAUAUCGUUGUCUUCGGUUCAUACUCGUGCUUAAGAUCACAAAAGAUCAUUUUCGAAAACGCAAUAGCCAAAAAAUCAAGUGUUGGUGAAAAUGGUGUCCGCUCUGAAAUGCAGUUUGGCCAUGGCCGUUAUGAUUAGUCUGGCCUGUUCAGCCUACGCCCUUAAGUGUUAUCAAUGCGAGUCCCUGACAAUGCCCAAGUGUGGUCUGAAGUUCGAGGCGGAUGAUAGCCUGCUGAUUGAUUGUGCCCGCAUUGGACCCCCUCGCUACCUGCAGAACUUCUUCCCCCUGCGCAACGCCACUGGUUGCAUGAAGAAAACCCUCGAGAGCGUGGCCGGACAUCCGCAGAUCGUGAGGAGCUGCUACUUCGGGGACAUCAACAAUGUCCAGGGUGGCUGCCAGUCGGAUCCCUCCCUGCCCUUCGUGAAGCAACUGGGCUGUGACGUCUGCACCAAGGACGAGUGCAACGGAUCCUCCUCCCUGGCCCCCAUCGCCGGAGCCGUCCUCCUCUUCUUCGGAGUGGCUCAUCUGCUGGCCUAGAUCCUAACUAGCUAGUAACUUAAUUGUUUUUAAUUUUCUAUGGUCUUGCUUUGUGUAAAUCUCUUCUAAAUUAAAUAUUUAAUUUGAUAAUAAAAGAGGGACAGGAGUUUGUCCCAA